AAGGAAAUUCACCACCAGCCCUUCCUCCAAGAAUGUCUUUAGUUUCAGGCCCUGGUAGGGCCGCUGGAGCUGAAUCCGACCCCAAGCUAUGCGCCCAGAAACAUAUUGAAUAUAUCAAGAAAUUGGAUAGCAGGAAAGAUGAGCUGGAAUAUUGGCUCACGGAACACCUUCGACUGAAUGGAGUUUACUGGGGGUUGACGGCUCUUCACCUGCUUGGAUGCCCCGAGGGUCUGCCGCGUGACGAAGCUAUUAACUUUGUGCUGUCCUGCCAACGGGAGAAUGGCGGGUUUGGCGCAGCUCCAGGUCACGAUGCCCACAUGCUGUAUACCGUAUCCGCUGUUCAGAUUCUUGUCACCCUGGACGCCGUGGACGAGCUGGACAAGCGUGGGCGGGGGGGUAAAGGAAAAGUUGGCUCCUUCAUCGCAGGACUCCAAGAUCCCCAAACCGGCUGUUUUACGGGCGAUGAAUGGGGAGAGUUGGACACGAGGUUCCUGUACGGCGCCCUCAACGCAUUGUCCCUUCUACGCCUUCUUCAUCUAGUGGAUGUCGAAAAGGCAGUAUCUUACGUUCAGAGGUGCGAGAACCUGGAUGGAGGAUAUGGAAUCUGUCCUGGGGCCGAAUCUCAUGCGGGCCAAGUCUUUACUUGUGUCGGAGCAUUGACCAUCGCUGGACGAACAGACUUGAUUAACAAAGACCGUUUGGGCGCUUGGCUCAGCGCAAGGCAAGUAGAAAAAGGCGGUUUAAAUGGCCGCCCAGAGAAACUAGAAGAUUCCUGCUACAGUUGGUGGGUGGGGGCAAGCCUGGCCAUGAUUGACAGACUUCAUUGGAUUGAUGGCGCCAAGCUUGCGGCCUUCAUCCUGCACUGUCAGGAUCCUGAGGCUGGUGGCUUCGCAGAUCGUCCUGGCCAUAUGGUUGACGUUUUCCAUACGCACUUUGCCAUUGCUGGCCUGAGUCUGCUCAAGUUUGAGGGACUAGAUGAGGUAGAUCCUGUUUAUUGUAUUUCAAAGUCCAUCACAAGAAAGGUGUUGUCCGCUUAGCAAGCCGCCAUUCCAUCGAGUAUAGGCUUUUAGUCGGCCUCUAAUGUCCUCGUAGCUCGUGCGUGAGUAACCUCCUGCAAUCUAAUACCCC